CUGUCUUUCAUAGCUUUCUAUUCUAUUCUAUUAAUAACAAACAAGCCUACAAUACAAUGACAUUCUUGUCCAAUACACUUCCCAACCACUUUCUUUCUUUCCCACGCCUUUUACUCUGCCUCAUCAUCCUUGCAUUCCCCACUUUUUUUUAUUAUGCUGCUUUUGCUUCUUCCUUAACUGGAAAACAAGCAACUGAACCCACGGCUCUCUUGACGUGGAAAGCUACCCUUCACAACCAAACGCAAACUCUCCUGUCCUCCUGGGUUGGAACCAACCAUUGCACUUGGCUUGGAAUUCAUUGCAACAAGGCCGGUAGAGUUGCCCGUAUAGACCUUCAGAGUUAUGGUUUGAAAGGUACUCUUUCUAAUCUUAAUUUCUCAUCCUUCCCUCAUCUCAUCACCCUUCAACUUCCAAACAACUCACUUUAUGGGACCAUCCCCUCCCAUAUUGGUAGCCUUUCAAGACUCACCGUCCUUAUCUUGGCACUUAACGAUCCCUCUGGAACAAUUCCGACCGAAAUAGGCCAACUAACUAAUCUAAGGAUCUUGUUCCUCAAUAGAAACCAAAUCGGUGGCUCCAUCCCUCAACAAAUAGGAUUGCUCAACUCUCUCAAUGAGCUUAGCUUGUAUGCUAACAAUCUCACGGGUUCAAUCCCUUCUUCAAUUGGAAACUUGGGCAACUUAACCAGUCUGCACCUUUAUGACAACCAACUUUCCGGAUCAAUCCCUCGAGAAAUUGGGAUGCUGAGGUCUCUAGUUGAUCUCGAACUCCAAAGGAACAACCUCACUGGUUCAAUCCCUCAAGAAAUUGGGAUGCUCAGGUCUCUCGUUGGUCUCGAUUUCUCAGGGAACAAGCUCACAGGUUCAAUCCCUGCAUCUGUAGGGAACUUGAGCAACUUAAUCACAUUGUUCCUUUUCGAGAACAGACUUUUUGGAACCAUUCCCCCAGUGUUCAACAAUCUUACACAUUUAACAACGUUUUGCAUAAGUGAAAACAUGUUCAAUGGUCAUAUCCCAGAAGGCCUAUGCUUUAAUGGAUUGCUGGUUAUUUUUACAGCAAAUGAUAAUAAUCUCAUAGGUCCCAUCCCAAAAAGCUUGAGAAAUUGCUCUAGCUUAUAUAGAGUUAGGCUUGAAAGAAACCAACUUUCGGGAAAUAUAUCAGAAGAUUUUGGCAUAUACCCAAACUUGGAUUACAUUGAUUUGAGUCAUAACAAUUUCUACGGUGAGGUAUCCCAAAAAUGGAAGAAGUGCCAUAAUCUAACUAGUCUCAAAAUAUCAAACAAUAAUAUUUCUGGUGAGAUACCACCUGAAAUAAUGGAUUCAACUCAACUAUGUCUUCUUGACCUCUCUUCAAAUCACCUAGUUGGACAGAUCCCAAUGAAAUUAGGAAAGAUGGUUUCACUGUUCAACCUUAGGUUGGAUGAUAACCAUCUAUCAGGGAAUAUUCCUCUAGAAUUCAGCAAGUUGUCCAAUCUACAAUAUCUUAACUUGGCAAGAAAUGAUCUGAAUGGUUCAAUCCCUGGAGGACUAGGGGAGUGCAAGAAACUUUUGAACUUGAAUUUGAGCAAUAAUAGAUUUGGGGAAAGCAUUCCUUCUGAAAUAGGUCAUGUGCAUAACCUUCAAAGUCUUGAUCUUGGUCACAAUUUGCUAAUAGGUAAGAUACCACAGCAGAUUGGAGAAUUGCAACUAUUAGAAAUACUAAAUCUCUCCCAUAAUGAACUCUCUGGUUCCAUUCCAUCAUCUUUCGAGAAUAUGUUAAGUUUGACAUUGGUAGAUGUAUCUUUCAAUCAGUUGGAGGGUCCUAUUCCCAAAAUGAAAGCCUUCCGUGAGGCUCCAUUUGAGGCACUCAAAGGUAAUAAAGGUUUAUGUGGUAAUGCUACUGGUCUGAAGGCUUGCUUGAAAAAAUUGAAUGAUGGGGAUGUUGAAAAAAAGGGCAAGAAAGUUAUGUUACUAACUAUACUUCUUGUUUUUGGAAUUUUGUUUCUUUUGCUAAUGGUUCUUGGCAUUUUCAUGGCUUUUCGUAAGAAAGUGAGGAACACAAAAAACGAGCCAUCACGAGUAAACCAUGAUAAUGUUUUUGCAAUAUGGAGCUAUGAUGGAAAAAUGGUCUAUGAAAACAUCAUUGAAGUCACUGAGAACUUCAGUGCCAAAUAUUGUGUUGGAGAGGGAGGAUAUGGUACCGUUCAUAGAGCUGACCUACCAAAUGGUCAAGUAGUUGCUGUGAAGAAACUUCAUGCAAAACUUGAUGAUGACUGGGCUAAUCUAAAAGGGUUUACAAGUGAGAUCCGUGCAUUAACUGAGAUUCGGCAUCACAACAUUGUAAAGCUGUAUGGUUAUUGUUCACACCCAAGGCACUCGUUUUUGGUUUAUGAGUUCUUGGAAGGGGGAAGCUUGGGAAAGGUACUAAGCACGGACGAUGAUAUAGUAGUCUUUGAUUGGAUGAAGAGAGUGAACACUGUUAAAGGUGUGGCAAAUGCUCUGUCUUAUAUGCACCAUGAUUGUUUUCAACCAAUCAUCCAUCGAGAUAUAUCAAGCAAGAAUGUUUUGUUUGAUUUGGAGUAUGUGGCUCACAUCUCUGAUUUUGGCACAGCUAGAUUUAUGAAUCUCAACUCAUCCAAUUGGACUUCAUUUGCUGGGACCUUUGGUUAUGCUGCUCCUGAACUUGCUUAUACAAUGGAAGUGAAUGAGAAGUGCGAUGUUUAUAGUUUUGGGGUGCUAGCACUGGAAGUGAUUAUGGGGAAGCAUCCGGGUGAUCUAAUCUCUUCUUUAUUGUCAUCCUCAUCCUCAUCAUCAACAUCGAUUGCGCAAGGGAUAUUUUUGAAGGACGUCUUGGACCAACGCCUCCUACUUCCGAGGAAUGAAGUGGCAGAGCAAGUAGUUGUUGUUGCGAAACUAGCAUUUGCAUGUUUACACACCACUCCACUGUCUCGGCCAACCAUGCAACAAGUUGCUAUGAUACUAUCAAAGCAAAGGCCAACACUGCAAAAUCAAUUCUACACGAUUACAUUAGGACAACUCUUUGACAUCAACUGCGCGAGCUCUUAAGUAGCUGCUGAGCAAGAUUUUCCAUGGGAACUUGGCUCCACUGUUAUUGGACAUGUAUGACUUUAGUCUUGAGUUCCAAAAGCCAAGAGAACCAAGCUUGUUUUUCGAGAAUUGCAAGGAUUCAACUGACUCUUCGUUGGUCAUCUCAACCAGAGGGCAAUCAUCUAAGUUUUGGGUGGGUUUGUUUGUCCUGUUUUAUGUGUUUUGUUUUGAUUUUGCUUCUAGCAGGGUAGUGGUGCGUUGCGGUGUGUUGCUUUCAUUUUUUAGGAUUUUGUCUCCUAUACUAGACUUAGGUGGUGUUUUUCUUUCGAUCUCUCUAUUCCUAUGGUUCACUUGUGAUUGCUUUGUAUAUGAAAUGAAGUUCAUGAAUCACACCUAUGAUAUUUAACAA